GUCAGUGGUCAUGUCAUUGUACCCACAUGUAACCCAACCACUCACCCACCACCAUGUAGCCUAUAAAUAUGGCAUUUACUCCGGUGGGUGAGGGGAUCGGAUUUUUGAGGCUCUAUCUCUAGAAUUAUGAACUUCUCUCUCUAAAGACUUUCUCUCUCAAUUCUAAUCAUCUUCUCCCCAGUUCUUCCAUCAACGGUUAUUCUCCCUUUGCUCGCUCUCCUUGACCCAUCUUUCCGAGUCUCACUCCUACACCCAGUUAGGCUCAAACAAUUGGCGCCCACCGUCGGGCCAAGUAGAGAAGCAAAGAAAACCGACCUAUGGCAGAGCAUAACUCCAACUCGCCUGACGAAUCAACCCCCAUCAAAGCGAUGACCAACCUAAGGGAAUUCGCGGAAGCUAGCAAUCUCAACGCGGUGUUCCUGGAAGAGGAAGAGCCCGAGCUCACAGCCAAGGAAAUGAGACAGCUGAUGGCAAAGCAGAAUGACGUCAUAGCUAGCAUACAGAAACAAAUGAGCCAGGUCAUAGUGCUCAUGAUGAGCAAAGAGGCCGCGGCGACAGCAGGCGCGAUACCAGCCGCGCCACAACAAGCCCCAAGAGAAGCGUCGGGGACUGCCCUACCACCGCACCCCGCGCACGAAACGCAACAAGUCGAGCUCACAGUAUGCGCGACACCAGCCGCGCCCCAACAAGCCCCAGGAGAAACGUCGGGGACGGUCCCACCACCGCACCCCGCGUACGAAACACAACAAGUUGAGCUGCCAGAAAGGGCGGACCUCAGUUUUCUGGAGCAACACCUGUCUCCGCAAUACCGACUCAACCCACCCAAGAGGGCGCUCCACCAGCCGCUAAGCGCGGAAAUAAUGGCGGAACACCUGAGCGGAAUGCCACCCGCCCUCCCGACAUACAACGGGACGACUAAUCCCGAAGACCAUGUGAGCACCUUCUGCCUACGGAUGCAGCUCCAAACCAACUCCAACGCGGCACUAUGCCGAACCUUCCCAUCAACAUUCUCCGGGAUAUGCCUAGACUGGUAUAACAGACUCCCGAACGGGAUCAUCCGCUCAUUUGAGGAGUUCAUACUCCUAUUCACGACAAAGUUCGGAUCCCAAAAAAGAAGGCCCCUCCACCUCAAGGCGCUGGUAGACCUCAGGCAAAAGGACGGGGAAAGCCUGCGAUCAUUUUACGCCAGGUGGUCCAGGGUGGCGAUGGCAGUGCGCGACCUUACCCCCAAAACCGCCGCCCAUCACCUUAUGGAAGCCACCACCAACAUGGAACUCAAGAGGGCGCUAGCAAAAAGGCCCGUAACUCUAUCAACGGAGUUGGAGAUGAAGAUUGAGAAGGCAAUUACGCUGGAAGAAACCCUCGGAGCGGGAUCUGUUAGGCGCUUCGAGCCAGCCAAGUUGCCACGAGAGGAACAGGGACGUCGGCAGCUCACGCUGCCGCGAGAUAGCGGGCAAAAGCGUCAUCCCCCUCCCCCACAAGAGCAAGCUCAGCGAGGAAGAUCGCCAGACAGGCGCGCAACACACGCCUUUACACUACUCAACGACUCCGUGAAGAACGUGUUCCACGUUCUCCGCGAGAAGGGAUACAAGCUCAAUUGGCCCACGCCUCUGAAGUCCUUGCUCCACAUGCGGGACCCAAAAAAGCAUUGGGACUUCCAUAGGGCAACGGGGCACUGGACGGAAGAUUGCCGAGAACUGCGCUAUGAAAUAGAAGGCCUCAUACGACGAGGAUUGCUGACCGAGUUAACACACGAAAAAGAGGAACAAUUUGGGGGGCCACAAAACCCGCCACCACCCCCACAAGCUGACUACAACGAAGCCGCUGGAGCAUAUGUAGUGCGAAAAGAGAUAGGGGUGGAGACGGUGGAAGGAGAUCGCCCGAAAAAGAAAACCAAGCGCGAAUGAGCAAUCAAAUUCGCAGCAGCGG